AUGUUGGUAAGUUUUGGCUUACAGUCCAUGUGCAAAGACAUCUCAGACGAGAAGGCAGUCACCGCCCUGCUGGAGGUAUUGGAACGAGAGGAGGAUAUCCUGAAAGCAGAGCGGAUACGGAAGGAUCCGUUAACACGACAAAUCAAACUGACAGCAAGUACCACAUAUUUUACAUUCAAUGACAAUAUCUAUGAGCAAAUAUUUGGACUACCGAUGGGAUCGCCACUGAGUGCUUAUGCAAUACCUGGAUGA